AUGUUGGCAGAUGACCUGGGCUGCCGGCUAAAAAAGAAGGAUGUACUAUGUACACCUGGUGAAGCCAUAUCUGAUCCAGAGCUAGAUCCAAUCCUAGGGCUGACUCAGAUGAACACAAGGAACAUUCUUUGGUGCCCGGAGCAGCAAAACUGCAUUCCCUGCGUGCAAGUGAUGUUAAAUCUUGGACUGCUGGAGCCAACUGCAUGGGGUGCAAAACAAGAUGGAGGAGUUGGCAAGAUCAGCAUGCAGCCAGAUGGACAUGCUAAGAAAAUCCUGCGAACACCCAUUCUGCUUGUAGCCCAGACAUACUCUUUCUCUCGUUGUAUUGAAUUGGAGGUUUGGGUUCCCUACGGUUGGGAAGGUCAAAAUAACUCCCUGGGAUCCCUGCAGUACAACUGCUUCCCAGUAGCUCUCGGUGGGGAGCUGCAUCUCACUGUCUUCACAUGGCCUCGCUAUCGUUCUGCAGGUGUGUUGCAAGUCACGCACUAUGGACCAGACUGCACCUGGCCCAAGGCCAAAGACGCCGUUCGCCUCUGUCAAGUGCCCAGUUUAGCCAUUUCUGUGGGACCACAGUCGGCAGUUCUACAUGUGCAGGACACCCUGGAAGGACAGCAUUUUGAACUGUGGCUGUAUCUGAAUCGGACAGGGGGAUUUAAAGGGCUUGAUCAGGGGACCACCAAGUUGCUGACUGGAUCGGAGAAUGUGAGCUUACCAAUAUCGCAGGUGUUUCCUUGUCUCUGCUUUCAGGUCUGGCCCAAGAUUGAAGGCCAAGUUGACCCACCUCGAACUCAUCUCUGUCCCUUUGCAAACGACCCAGCAGCUUUGACCAGGGCCUGGGCACACAGCCACCUGGAAGUUCGCCCUUCUGAUGGAAGUCUGAGCUGCUUUUUUUCUGCUCCGUGUGACCUUCAAGGAGAGCUGGUUCCCUGCUGGCGGGUGGAACAGCUUGCCUGCCACCCUCUGCAUCCCCAUCUGCAUCUGGUUCUCAUCCCACAUGAACCACAGGAGUUCCCAAGACUGCAAGCUCAUCCCAAUCUCUGUGUGCAGGUAAGAAGCAAUGGAAACGCCCACCUCCAAAGCUGUCUGCAGGAUGAUGUCACAGGAAGCCAACAGCCAAGUGAGCGAUACUUACUGUUUCUGGAGUCUCAGGAUUCCCGUGGGAAUUCCUUAGUUCAGAUCAUGGAGCAAGGCACCUGGGUCUCCUCUGCUCAGGUCUUCAAUACAAGAAAUGGGAUGCUGGAGGAAGACCUGAGGAACAGUAUGCAGACAGGAAAGUGCAUGCAAGUGUGGCAAGCAGAAGGGACCAAUGCUACUACACUCUGGGCCUGUUCAACGAAGCAGCAUUCCCGAACACACUGGGCCCUGAUCUGGUUGGUAAUUCUCCUUGGCGGCUGCUCUAUUCUGCUGCUGCUCCUGUUCAAGAAAGAAGCAGUAAAAGGUUGGUUCAAGAUCCUGAAAGAAGAUUACAGUUCUAGAGGAACCCUUCCGGGACGACAUAUCCUCAUUCUCUACUCUCCAGAUCAUGAAGGCUACGAGCACGUGGUGGGCACCCUGGCAGGUGCACUGACUCAGCUGCAGCUAUCUGUAUCCCUGGAGUUGUGGAGCCGUGGAGAGCUGGGGUCUCUGGGGCCCAUUCAGUGGUUCCAUGCACAGCGACGCUUGGUGCUGCGAGAGGGUGGAGCUGUCGUGCUGCUGUUUUCCCAUGGCGCAGUGGCCAGUUGUGCAGAAUGGCUGGGCUGGGCACAGAAAGACCCUCAGCCCACCUUCAAACCAGACGGCACAUUUCUGGCCUCCCUCAACUGCAUCCUGCCUGAUUUUCUGGCUGGUGAGGCCAGGGCCACCUAUAUUGUUGGCUGCUUUGAGGACCUCCUUCCAGUCAGUGAGAUCCCUGCCCUCUUCCGUUCGGUGAGGGUCUAUCCUCUGCCCUCCCAGCUCUUUGGCUUCCUGCUGGCACUGGCUGGCCCCAGUGUUGGACACAAGCAGAGAAGCAGCCUCAGGAGACACGCAGGGUGCAUCAGCAAGAGCCUGGAACAGGCAGUGCGUGAGUGCCAGCAAAAGCACCCCAGCUAGUAGAACCCGGAAUCGCUGUUUCCCCAGCUGGAGGAUGAACAGAGAAAGGGGCCCAGGCACCCUGUCACCCUGCUUGAGGAACAAGUCUUUCAGAAGGGAGCUUGUAAAAGUUCAUCUGAGUGCACUGACACAAAAUUCCCGCACCGGCUUUUCCAACAAGCAGCUCCAAAGUCAGAGUGGCCAAUCUGUUCCUGAAAUUUGGAAAGGGACCUGUGAUGGUAUAACAAGGCUGAACUGUGUAUGGGAACUUAUUUAACACAGUGGUUCAAGUGAAAGGUACUUAUUUAAGUGGCAAGCAACUUGUCAUAUUACUGCAUGGUAACCAGCCAGUAUUUACUGGAUUUAGGAAGAGGCAGAGAGACCAUCAGUGCAGCCAGAAUGGAGGAUCUACAGUAGCAGCAAGUCUUCAAGUACCCAAAGCUGUGGUCCUGUUAGCUUCAUGCCUUGCUUUGGAGCUCCUAGAAGCAACUCCUUGGCCGGCUUGUUGUUUGAGGAAAAAGAAAACUGGGCUGCUGGCCUGAUGAAAUUCUGACCUGCAUUCUGAUUUCUGUGCUCUGAGAUAGUUGCUGAGGCGUGCUCAGUGCAAUAAAGAUAAAGAUUAGAAAUACUGAAACUAGAAUUGUGCAGAGCACUUCAUGAAACGGUCAUCAUGCCCUCUGAAUUGGCUCUCAGAG